AUGGUUUGGCGUCGAAAAUUGCUGAUGUCGGUGUUAUAUAUCCUGAGUGCUUUGCCACUCCUUUCUAGUCGAGGGAGCUUUUGGGAGCAAGAUCUCAACUCCAUCCCUUUCUCGUCCUCAAAUCCUGAAGUACCAGCAUCGGUAUCAUCGCCAGCCCCAAGAACCAAGUACAAACAAAAGCCAAGAGAGAAGAAGAAGAAGAAGAAGAAGAAGAAGAAGAAGAAGAAGAAGAAAUCCAUCACAAUGCUUUUCUCCGAGAUAUUCGUCAUUGUCGUGGCCUGCAUCAUGUGGGGUCUCACCUCCCUCGGCAUGGCAGUCUACUACCACCGCCUCCUACCACUCGAAGCCCGCGGCGCUCGCCCACCCUUCAAACAGCAGCUUCCUAUCAACACUCGUUUCAACCCUGCUCUUCAUCGCCGCCUUCCUGUUCUGGCCCAUCAUCGCCCUCUGGAACCUUUGCGCCCGAUCUCCCUCCAUCGUCAGGGGGACGAAUUGCUGCGGUUCAUACAUGUUCGGAGGCAGACCCAAGGCCGGAUGCUGUGGGUGCAGUUGCAUCUCGUGCGAACCCUGCAUCAGCGACGAGGUGUACGAGAUGGAGAAGACCCGAAAGGAGGAGUCAAGACGGAUUGUCCAAGUUCAAAGUGUGCAACCGGCCAUGCAACAGACGAUGGAGAUGAGGCCGUAUUCUGCCACCCCCACUGCCCAAGAGAAGCGGGUCGUCGAGAGCAGCGAGUCUCUGACUGA